UCUGGCUCCUGUUUCUGCUAAGGCGAGAAGAAAACACCUGGACAUGAGCAUCACUUCUGCACACCACGCUGCUGGAUACUCACCUCUGCUGUAAGUGACCACAGGAAGGAGCCCCCAGAAGCCAGGAGAGGAGGUGACUGUGGGUGAGCUGCUCUGAUCCCCCUAGCAUGCCUCGCCCGGGGAAGAGCUCAUACAGUGACCAGAAGCCGCCGUACUCCUACAUAUCGCUGACUGCCAUGGCCAUCCAGAGCUCCUCCGAGAAGAUGCUGCCCCUCAGUGACAUCUACAAGUUCAUCAUGGACCGGUUCCCCUACUAUCGGGAGAACACCCAGCGCUGGCAGAACUCCCUCCGGCACAACCUCUCCUUCAAUGACUGCUUCAUCAAGAUUCCACGGAGACCCGACCAGCCGGGGAAGGGCAGCUUCUGGGCUCUGCACCCAGACUGCGGGGACAUGUUUGAGAACGGCAGCUUCCUGAGGAGGAGGAAGAGGUUUAAGGUGCACAGGUCAGAGCACCUGGGGUCCAAGAGUCACCAGAUGAUCCAUUACUUCCACCAGCAGCACAGUCACUCUAAACUGGGGCUGCCCAGUGCUGAGGGCGUCCCAGUGACUGGUGUCGGCCGGCUCCCUCACUUCCAGCCAUACAACAUCAAUGGAAGCCAGUCCACGGGAUUUAAGCAUCCCUUCGCAAUAGAGAAUAUUAUUGGCAGAGAUUACAAGGGGGUGAUGACUAGUGGCCUGCCAUUAGCGUCCAUGAUGCAUCACCUGGGGUAUCCGGUGCCCAGUCAGCUCAGCAACAUGGUCAGCACCAUGUGGCCACACGUUGGCAUGAUGGACACUAUGACAGGUAUGGCAGUGCCACAAGAGUAUGGACAUUUCGGAAUGCCCAUGAAAACACUCUGCCAUGCUCCUAAUCAGACAAUCCCAGCUGUGCCAAUGCCUAUCAAGCCAACAGCGUCUCUCCCACCGGUGUCCGCAAUCCCAAAUCUGACUAUAAACCCCCCUAGUAUGUGCUCCCCUUCUGUCACACAGGUGGCUGCUGCAGCGUCUCUCCUGGAGCAAUCUCAGCCCGGCCACCCGGAGAGCAAGGGCAACAUGCUGCACCCAGUAAUGGUGCACUCCUAGGCAUACAGUACCCCGGUACCGCGGCAUACAGCACUCACAGUCCCAGGGAGAUCAGUAGACAAGUACUGCUCCGGGGAUGCACGAUAUGG